UCAAGUUAAUGGAGCCCUCAGAUUGAUCGAUUGAUCGGUCGUAGACAUGCAUUCAAGUCAAAUAGAUGAUACUUCUAUACAAUAUGCUGAAUACUAGAUUCCAUAUCGAAUAUAUACUUCAGAUAAAUCAUGAGCAUCCAAGGAAUAAGGUAUGUUUCUAAUAAGACAUUCCACAUAGGCGCCUAAUUAAUCAAUUCAAGGUUUUGUAUCCAAAUGAUACAUGUUGGAUUCCUAGCAAACAAAAAUGACAUCUAAUAUGCAUCUAGUGGUUGGUUGGUUACAUCUGCCACUGCCAGCAAAACAUAUUCCCUUGUCUACAUACUUGACGGGGAAUCAAAAGAGUUUGGUUUGUAAAGAAGUAAUAUUAUGCUUUCCAAUAACAAUGAGACACCUGCCCCAAAACAAAUAUAUUGUAGAUAAAUAAAUAUUCAAUCUAUAACUUACUUGUAUAAGUACCUCGCACAAGGUUCCAGCCUCUCAGAAGUACAGAACUUCAAUAUUCCCACUUUCAGUAGCCAUGACCACGUUUAAGCUGCUCAUGUUUCUUUUUCUUCAAAUGUUCUUCACAACAAUGUCAUCAAUCCAAGCAGCAAAUUCAAAGCUCUUCAGAGAAUACAUCGGAGCUGAGAACAACGGUGUCACUUUCGAAGAAGUGCCCGUUGAUUCCAAAGUUGAAUUUCACUUCAUCCUCUCCUUUGCUAUUGACUAUACACAAUCCAAUCAUCCUACGCCCACUAAUGGCAACUUUAAUGUCUUCUGGGACACAGAGAAUCUUACCCCUGCUCAUGUAUCCGCCAUUAAGGCUCGUCAUCGAAAUGCUAAAGUAGCUCUGAGUCUUGGAGGUGAUACCGUAAGCAAAAAAUAUGUGUACUUCAGUCCUACAUCAAUCAAUUCUUGGGUUAGAAAUGCUAUCGACUCAAUAGUUCAGAUAACGAAAAAAUAUCAUUUGGAUGGAAUUGAUAUUGACUAUGAACACUUCCAGACAGAUCCCAAUACAUUUGCUGAAUGCAUUGGGCGACUACUGUUCUACCUUAAACAAAACAAUAUUGUGUCGUUCACAUCAAUAGCACCAUAUGAGAAUGACGCGGUGCAACCAUAUUACUUGGCAUUGUGGAGGAAGUAUGGGCAUCUCAUUGACUAUGUUAAUUUUCAGUUCUAUGCCUAUGAUAAGGGCACGACUAUAAAUCAGUUUUUAAAACAUUUUGAGAUCCAGAGCUCAAAUUACAAAGGUGGAAAGAUUCUAGUGAGCUUUGGAACAGAUGGAAGUGGGGGGUUGUCCCCUGAACAUGGGUUCUUUGAGGCUUGUGCUAGGCUUCAACGUCAGGGCAAACUUCAUGGCAUUUUUAUUUGGUCUGCCGAUGACUCCAAGAAGGCUCAUUUUCGUUAUGAGAAGCAAUCACAGACCUUUCUGGCUAGCAUAAAAUGAACUGUUUUUUUUUUCUUCUGCCUUAUUUGUAUUUGCUGUUAUGUUAUUCUUAAUUGGAAAGAAGGAAGCAAAUAGGAUUGUUGUUGAUUUGUCUUUAACACAAGUAAACAUUCUAAAGAAACAAGUGUUAUGGAAAAAACAUUUGGAAUCUAGCGCCAUUAAUAAAUAAGAUAGCACUUCUCUGAAUGUAAUUGCACAAUGCAGCGGUGGUGCCUAGGUGUGGUACAUAACAAGGGGGUGAGACAAGGUUGCAUAAGUGCACCUCCUUUGGCCUUUCAGGGCCUGGUCAAUUUCGAAACAGAUCAGGGAUUUCUACCAUCAGCUCAUCCUGGUAACAUAUUAGUGCUGGUAAAAAUAUCAGACCUUCUCUACUGCUAAACAUUUUGGCUAAAGCAAAGUAGGAAGGGACUUCAUACCUGGAAAGCAAGAACUUGAAUAAAAAGCAAAUUAAAGGAUUCACAUAACAGCUAUGUGUAGUUUCCAUAAAUUGAUUAAACCAUACUCUAUCUGAAA